CUCCUUUGAAAAUGAAUGCUUAUGUAUGUGCGCGAGAAUAUUCAGAACAAUAGACCUUGAUCCUAAAACGGUCCUCUACUUAGCCUCCAACGAUCGCUAUGAAUGAUAGUACCAUGUCGAAAAGGUUUUCUUUCACCUUUUCUUUUGUGUCAAAGGCUGAUUUUGUUCUUGAUACUAUCACUGAUGAUGGGCCACUUAGCAGUUCGCAUUUAAACAACGUGUUCGAAUCGCUCUCACUUGUCAAUCGAUAUACCACCAACACUUCGCUUUUUCUUGGCUCAUGUCUUCCACGAAUAUUUUUACUAAACCCUACAACCUCUCCAACUACUAUGCCGCCCUGGCUCUCGGUUACAAUGAGAUUACACUCUAUCAAGAAGCCGAGGCAAUCACCACUCGAGCUCUGCAACUGAGCCCUACAUCUUACAGAGCCCGGUAUAAUAGAGCAAUCGCUCGAUGGAAAAUGGACGAUUUACGCGGUGCUGUAGCCGAUAUAGAUAUACUCAUCAUCAGCGGUGGCAAGAACUUUCCAGGAGUUGCACAAACCCACAAAACACUCCAUAAAUUGUUUGAGUUGGAUGACGACAACAAAACCUUCAAUAACGGUACACGAGGUGCGCGUCAAGCAAGAUUGGCUCGGGAAAGUAAGGAUUUAAGCUGGCCUCAACCGGACCUGGCUCCUGUUGAACCCUCCAAGGACGAUCAUCGCCCUUCAGACGAGAUUGCUCCAGGCCAAUAUCGGCACGGUCGUCCUUGCCGGCUUCACAAUUUGAAGACGUGCAUGCAUGCGGAUUGUUCAUUCUCUCACACACCCGAUAAUAACAGUAUUCGGGAUAUCGACGGCCGAAAUGUUUGCUUAAACUUCCUCUUGGGAUGUUGCACACGCAACAAAAGGUGCUCCUACCGUCAUUCCAUCGACGGUCUCUCCGAAGACGUUACGACUAAACCUAGUCUUGAUUCCACAUUCACACUCCAGCUGCAGUGGUGGAACGACCCCGCGCGUAUACAAGAGGUCCGUGACCUCAUGGAGGCGCGUAACACUCGCCGGAAGCUCGAAUAUAACAUCCGCGCGGAGAACGCUACUGAAGGUGCGGUCGAAGCAGGCUCGCUCCAGACGAAAAAAAAAGAGAACGUUCUUCCAGAUGCACAGAUGCAGAUCACCAACAGGAAAAAUAAGCAGUUUUACCCCAAACGCAGGACCACGAGCGACGAGAAAUCGAGCGCUAUCAAAAAGUCGAGCACAAUGUCAUCUUCCAAGCUCCAAUCUAUUGGUUCAAAUACUAAGGAGAAGGAAAGGAAGAAACAUAACGCCAGGGUGGCUAAGAGAGCAGCAAAGAGGGACCAGACGGAGGAAUCAGCUGCGCCCGAUCGCAAGAAGACUUCGACAACACGUACUUAUUAUCCAGAGUCAAAGACCGUUAAAUCGUUGGAGAAAUUGGCGAAUUGUGGAUUUACGAAUGAUGAAGUAGUUGAUUUGAUGGAGUUUGGAGUAAAUCCGUGGGACGAGGAUGCCCAUUCUGUCUUUGCACAUGUCGAUGACUAUUAAUUAGUGAAACCACUGUCGGACGAUCAUGAUUCUUUCAUUUUUGUUGUUCAAGUUCCUCCGUACACUCUAAGCUCUUAUUCUAAAUAAUUUCUGCCAUUGUCUGGCGGGGUGAUGUACGUAUUCACUACGUAAUUUCAACGUCGCAAUGAAAACGGCAGGAAAACGGGGCAAUGGUUUUCCUGUCACCACGACCAAUUCAAGUUGACCUCGUACUUGU